UAUCCUCGGUGCUUUUAAUCAUGAUUAUCUUGCAGAGACGUGCAGCCUGUGCCUGAACUGCACGUAGAUGAAACGUGUUGCGGCUAGUGGGGGCUGGACGAAAACACAUGGGGGGUGGAUGAUCUAAAAAUACCUCUCCCCGGAGCGAUAAUACAACCUGUGUCAGGCCUGUUUGACUUUGAAACUAAACACAGAUAUGGAGGAUUGAAUUUUGUCCAGCCCCUCUUCUCACUUUGGCUGAAAGUGGCGAAGAAAAAGUCGGAGCAGUUUAACGCCUGUUUGACAAGCAGGACGGGGGAUACGGACGCGUAAAGUUGCCGAGAUCACUUUUUUUGCUCCGUCUUGGCCUGGAAUACGCAAAGCUGCUCAUUUGGAGGAAGACACGUGUCCGGUGCAGUCGGUGGAACGUAACGAGCGUAAUUAACAGCCUCAGUCUCUCUCCCUCCAGUUGAGAGUGAAUGUUAUUCUUCAUUGGGCCACGGGUCGAUUGCUGAUCACAUGGCUUUGGCUGGAUGUUCAGAUUAUUUUCUUCACCGCCCAAAUUACCAGGGUAGUGUGGACCGCGCCUCCUCUCACCGUCCUGCAGAUCUUAUUGGGCCCAGUUUUCGGCAGCCGUCCAAUCGGAACUCCCCAAGCCACCAAGAGGACGAUGUGGACUUGGAGGCACUGGUAAACGACAUGAACUCGUCCUUCGAGAGUCUGUACUCCACGAUCAGCAUGCCGUCCGACUCUGUCCCUCUGAUCCAUAAUGGGCAGCUGCAGCGGAGCCCUGGCCCACGGCCCGGCCUGGCCCCCUCCCCCAGGCAGGGAGUCUGCCGCUCCCAGCCCAUGCACAUCCUGGCUGUCAGGAGGCUUCAGGAAGAGGAGCUGCGGACAUCCUCCCUCCCGGCUAUCCCUAACCCAUUCCCUGAGCUGUGCAGCCCAGCCAGUUCCCCCAUGCUGAACCCCGGGUCCCUGCCACAGUGUCAGCCCUCUGGCACAUACAUCAUAAAAAUCUUCAGUGAGGACGGCACGGGUAGAGUGGUGGAGAUACCCGCCGUGAUGACAGCUAGAGACCUCUGCCAGCUGUUGGUCUACAAAAGCCACUGUGUUGACGACAGCAGCUGGGGACUUGUUGAGCAUCACCCUCUUCUGGGGUUGGAGCGGUGUCUUGAAGACCAUGAGUUGGUGGUGGAGGUUCAGGCCACCAUGUCCAGCGACAGCAAGUUUCUCUUCAGGAAGAAUUAUGCCAAAUAUGAAUUCUUUCGAAAUCCUUUGAAUUUCUUCCCCGAGCACAUGGUAGCAUGGUGUCAAGAGACCAAUAGCACCAUACCGCAGUCACAACUUUUGCAGAAUUUCUUGAAUCCCGGCAGCUACCUUGAAAUUCAGGGGUUCUUGUACCUGAAGGAAACUGCAAGGAAAUCAUGGAAGAAACUCUACAUGUUUCUAAGGCGGUCAGGACUGUACUACUCAACGAAAGGGAUGUCCAAGGAGCCACGACAUCUGCAGUUGUUGGCUGACCUUGAGGACAGCAACAUAUUCACAGUAAUCACAGGGAAGAGGCUGCACAAUGCUCCAACAGACUAUGACUUCUGCAUCAAGCCUAACAAGGUGAGGAGUGAGACUAAAGAGCUAAGGAUGCUCUGUGCAGAGGAUGAGCAGAGCCGGACCUGCUGGAUGACUGCCUUCCGUCUUUUCAAGCAUGGAAUUUCAUUGUAUCAGAACUACAAGCUACCCCAACAAAAGAAAAUGUCGGCUGCCCGCUUUUCCUCACCAGUGAGGAGUGUGUCAGAGAACUCGCUGGUAGCUAUGGAUUUCUCAGGGAGGACUGGCCGGGUGAUUGAUAACCCCGUGGAGGCUCAGAGUGCUGCAAUGGAGGAGGGUUACACUUGGCGGAAACGAAGUCAGCGAAUGAACAUCCUCGGCAGCCCAAGUCCCCUCCAUCCAUCUUCCUUAAGCUCCAUAGUUCACAGGACCCAGUUGUGGUUCCAUGGACGGAUCAUGAGAGAGGAAUCCCACAAAAUGAUUAUUCAGCAAGGUCAAGUAGACGGAUUAUUCCUUCUGCGCGACAGCCAGAGCAACCCAAAGGCGUUUGUGUUGACACUGUGCCAUAACCAGAAGAUCAAGCAUUUCCAGAUCUUACCCUUUGAAGAGGAUGGACAGACAUUCUUCAGCCUUGAUGAUGGCGCCACAAAGUUCAGCGAUUUAAUACAUUUGGUGGAAUUCUACCAGCUUAACAGAGGAGUCCUGCCCUGUAAACUCAAACACCCCUGCACAGUCGUGACCUUAUGACCUAUUACUUGAUUUUUUUUUUUUUUUUUGACUGAACUUCAGUUAAAAAAUUGAGCGAACGUUUAAACUUUUCCAUCCAACACCCGACCCUCUCGCGAUAAGCUGCCUGGCGCCCCCUGCUGGAGAACAUGCUGGAAUCACUCGGAAUGCUGUGAUUAAGAGAAGAGUGGAGAACAGUCGGAAGCAUUUGAGAUGAAACUUUCAUAAACUGUCCACUUCCUGGUUUUAGCAAGCAGUCGGCCCAGAUUUUCAGUCAACUUUAACACACAUUUUAAAUCUUUUCAUAUAAAAGAUAAAUCUAAAGUUUUUUUUUUCUUCUACAAUCCUUUGAAAACUUUUUUUUAGGCUGAGCCACUUUAAUAGACAAACACACAAUAGCUAUGAAAGUCGAAUGAGAGAAAUUUCUGGCUGCAAUAUCGACAACUUCACGUGUAAAGCUGAUUGUUUACUUUAUUGACUUUUUAUAUACCUGCUUGUUUGUUCGUCUAUUGUUAUUGUCGUUGCGUUUUUUUUUUUUUUCCCUUUUUCUUUUUGCACUCUCGCUGCGACCCAGGCCGAGCAUGGUGGUACUCUCCGUCCUCUGCCCAUUCACUCCUCCCAUCAGAGACGGGUGUGAGAAGACACUGCUUCAUCUUCUUCACAGGGAGCCGCUGAAGUCACAUCCCCUGCAGAGCCCUCCCAGACAGAGUCCAAAUGGGGGAGACUUUAUAGACAAUGAAAAAUCAUAUUUACCCUGCCGACCGGGCACAGGACACCGAUUAUUCCGUUUAACAACACUUUGGAGCUUUUUCAACUCCAUGCGUGAAGGUCAAUCAUUUUGCCUGUGUUUUUGAUCCAUAUUGCCACAUAUCUUUAUCUCCAGCCCGUUCCUGAGGUCUGGCUUUGUCCUUUGAUAGCGCCACCUUACGGGCCGGCCUCCCUCCAUGUGACCACCCCCUAGCUUGGCGUCCGUGCUCCAAGAUCCAAAGCGGAAGUGUAGCAGUUUAUACUGUGCUCUUCCUGCUAGUAAACAGGCACCUUCUCGUUCACUCCAACAUUGAGAACGUUGGCUGCUUUCCACUGGGUUCAGGUAAAAGUGAAGAAGAACCUUCCAUCUUUAGUUUGAGAUUUGAGAAUACAGUCGAUCAUAACCACUAUACUCCCAGACCUCUGUGGCUCUGUCCCGUGUCUAUGGAGAAACUGAAAACCAAUAUGAUUUUUUCACACACCCUAACAAACUUUUUUGAAUCUGCAUGGAGUUUAGUUGAAGCCAGCUUGUUUCCUGGCAUGAUCUUAAAGGGGUGUGUUUAGAAAAGAAAAAUAAACCAGAUCCCCAUGUUGAUCCCAGUGCAAUCCGAAAGGAAAGGGUGUCCUCCUUCGAGACGUGUCAGGUUUGUCAGAACGUGAGAACGACGAGCCAUAUUCUUAGCAUUUGCAAUAUGCUUGAUCAGACGUGAGGAAGAUGGCAGAACCUCACCAUGACUCUUAUUAUUGGGAUGCAAACUUAUAAAAACCUAGGAGAGCCAUCUCACGUAUGAUAUCCAUUGGGAAUGAGAUCAUUACUUGAAGGUCUUUCUUGCUGACUUGGAAUUGCAAUUUUAUGCUUACUAGUAAUUCCAAGGCUGGCCUCUGGGCCACGCCGUGCAUUUUGAGGACACACAUGGAGAACUUGACACCGUAAAGUUCCCACUCUCCAGCCCCCUCCCCCAUGUCCCACUCACCUCACGAAGUCGGUGAGUAGUAGCUACUGGGUUUUCUGCCUCCUUUUUCAUAUUUCAUUAUUGAAUGGAAACGCCCCCAAAACCGAGCAUUCAGCACUCCUUGCUCCCAGAUUCUUCCUGGAUGUUGCCUUCAGACUGUCAAGCAAUAUUUAGAUUUUGUUUAUAUUCGUUAUUUUAUAUCGGUGUAACCCUUGAAUCACUUUUCUUUAAAAUUCCUGUUUUUUGCAUAUAAACAGAAUAAGCUAUUCUCUCCGAAGGAAUCAUUGCUAAGCUUUCUAAACAUGGGCCUAACGAUGACAUUAGCAGAGUAUCACUGUACUAAUUGCAACCCAUUCGUUAAGACAUUUUCCUUAAUUGCUGUCUUGAUCUCAACAUUAUUCUAAUCAUUCUCGACGUACUGUAGUACCAAGCUGUGUUCUUAAAAGACGUGAUGGCGGAUUGACGACUGUUACUUUGCACUUUUUCCCCGAUGGAUCUUACGCGUCUGUUCUCCGCGUUAGCAGGGUAGCGCGCAGAUGCCGCUCCCAUUUUGCCAAAGUACACUGCUAAGGUGUGUCCUUGCACACUGACAAGCACUCUGCACCUUGCCAGCCCGUCAGCGGACGACAGCUGGUCGUUCUUGUGCAAUUAUUUACCCGACGAAAACACCUACAGUAGAAGGACGUCGGCCGGGGAUCAGUGCAGGCAGGAGAAGCCUCACGAUCCGAAUCGCCCUUGGCGUGUGUCAGAGAGACUUUAUGGUGAUGUGUAAGAAUACGCAGUCCUUAACCUUAAGACUUGAAUCUCCCAUCGUCGUGAGUUGAAAGUGUCACCAGCCUUCCAUCUUGUUUCCACACCAAUGUUCCCCAUCCCAGGCUGGCCUAAGGUGUCCUCUUAAAUUUGUGACGAGGGGCUAACGUCAGUGCCUAGAAAAAAAAAAACGUUUGUACACUUUAGCUGGGAAGCCUUUUCUCACCUCGGCUACUGGACCUGUUCUGUUGAAGCUCGUGCUGCGUUUUUCCAGAAUGUUCCCCACCCGUCGCAAGCCACUGCGCGGGCUCCGUAACACUAAACACCUGAGUAACGUUUUCCCGCUACUUUCGACAGAUUUAAUGCUUGUAGAUAUUUGAGAGAGGUGUCGCUACAUCGAAAUACAGUGGUUUGAUGUUGUCAUUCUCCAAAGAACAGCUGUAUGUAUCAUAGUGUUUUUUAUUUUUGCUUUUUUCCCCCUUGAAUUAUGCUGAGCGCUUUUUUGGGACGCUGUCACUCCUGGUUUGGUGUGCGAUUGUAUUUGCCCCCCUACCCGUAGCUUGUCCUCGGUGUCCCUCGGUGUUCUUCCGCUUUAUCUGCUUCUGGUCAGCUUUGCUGUGCUUUUAACGCGACCUUCGUAGAGCUUGUACUCAUAUUAAUAUAUUGUAUAAGUGCAUAAAUCUAUGGAAGAAAAUUAGAUGCAACACUGUAUUUUAGGUUACAGAUCACUAUUUGCUGCAGUUCUGUUUUUAAUCAUAACUGCAUUCAAAUGAAGACCUUUCUAGUGCUUUUUAAAAUAUUUACUGUGCAUAUUUAGUUUGUUUACCUUUUGUAAGAAUAUCUGAGACGUUUAAGCUGAAUUUUAAAACUGGACUCAGCGCAUGCUAUCAAGUUGCUCAUGAAAAAAGAAAUUAAGCUAAAACGGUUGAUGAACUCACUGGUGAAAACGAUUUUUUUUCUUUUUGUCAAAAUGCGAUCUUGCUGUAUUGAAAAUAAAAUAGUGGGUAUCAUUUCAAAAUACAAGGGACUCGAACCCGGUGUCACAUUGAGGUGCAUCUUGGGACUGACACAAUGCGGCGAGUUCAUAGCUAUUUGUGGCGUAAAGUUAUGCAUAGUUAUCAGGUAGCUUCACAUCGGGAGUGCAGGACGCGGACUUGUGUCCUACAAAAUGAUCAUGAAUGUAAAAGGGCUGCUCAGGGUUGGGAUGGUGCCUGUUGAGAACUAGCCUUCAAAUCGGCAAGAUCGUCCCAAAGUCUUCUUAAGUCACGUCUGUGAAGAAACACCAGGCAGUUAAGUUCAUUGUUUUAUAUACAGUUAUCGGUGUGUGCUGCAUUACGGCAGUAAUGUGGUGCCCUUAGCACAACGCGUGCCUCCUGUCACAUCUCUCUCUGCACUAAUGUACACCUGGCAGACUGACCAAUCAGUGAAUCUCUUUCCUAGCUCAUAUUUUAAAUAUAUUAUCACAAUGCAAGUUAUAGUGACUGUCAGAAAGAAAAGAAAACACAUCCAUGUAUGUAUUUCAGGGAGUGAAAAGCAGUAAAGUUGUUUGUAUCGCUUUAUAAGAGAUAUGACUCAUCUAUUCACAGUGGGCUUUGCUUCAUUCUGUAAACGGCUGAAUGGCAGAUAAAUCUCAAUUGUAGCGUUUUCAGGUAUUUUUGUACGGAUAAGGGACUGAUAUAUUCUGUUUAUUGUAAGUAGAAUAAAACAUUAAUUCAUUGCUAUGAGUCUAAA